UAAGAUCAAAACUUUAAACUUUUCAAAAUGGCAAAUAUUCGAACUAGGUGAACGGAAAAGCAGAAUAAACCUUCUAGCUAGUCUAAAUAGAAGUAGCUAUACUUUGAAUACUUGAUGAAAACAGAAUAAAAUUUGUGGGAAAAAAUUCUGUCAGAAACUAAGUUACUUUAGUGUAUUUUGGUGAAAAAUAGAAACAAGAAUAUGUGACUGUGCACAAAUCUUUCAUCGUUUAAGUAGAGUGUAUAGUUCAAGAUAAUUUUAGUGAUGGAAAAUGAACCAAGCCCUAACUCGAAUGGUGGCAACAGGAAUGGUUUAAAUGUAACCGAAAAUGUAAACAACAUUAACAGACCAACAUACACUAUACCUGGGAUUUUACAUUAUGUCCAACAUGAAUGGGCCAGAUUUGAUAUGGAAAGAGCCCAUUGGGAAGUUGAAAGGGCAGAACUCCAGGCUCGAAUAGCAUUCCUGCAGGGGGAGAGAAAAGGACAGGAGAACCUGAAACGUGAUCUAGUCCGCAGAAUAAAAAUGUUAGAAUUUGCACUUAGACAAGAAAGACAAAAAUUCCACAAGUUAAAAUAUGGUACAGACUUGAAACUGCCAGAGGUAAAAAAUAACGAGGAAGAAGAAAAUUCUAUGGACAACUUAAUAAUAAACAAAAAUCAUGAUUUAGUUUUUAAUUAUCGGCAAGGAAGGCAGCUGCUACGUCAGUAUCUUCAAGAAAUCGGCUACACUGACAAGGUUUUGGACAUGCGAUCAGCAAGAGUACGUUCACUAUUAGGUAUAACUACAGACGACCUGCCACCUGAUGCUAAUGAGAACUUAGUAUCUGCACGUGAAAGUCGUUUAAAGAAACAAGAAAAUCGACAUGCUGUUGCAGAAAAUGAAAAUGAUCUUAAAAACGCACAGAAUAUAAAUCAUGAACCAGAGCAAGAUGCAAAUCAAGAACAUGAUGAUGAAAUUUUAAGACACUCAAUAAAAUCAAAGGAUGAUAAUUCAUUUGUAGACCCAAGUGUGCAACACAAGGAUGAUGACGUUUUAAAGAAUUUCGACUUUUUAGGUCAAGAAGAAGUACCUGCAGAACAAACUCAAGGCAAUGAUCAGAAUGAUGAAUGGGGCAAUUACGAUUCUGGUAAACUUCAGAAACGAAUACAACAGUUUAAAAAUGAAACUAAAGAUAGAGCAAAAAGAUCCAAAAGACCAAGUAAAGAUGCUCUCAAAACUAUGCUACAGAAUUUCAAUGCAGAGGAGGAAAUUCCCCCUCCACCACAGAUACCUGCUCCACCAGUACCUAAUGCAAAAGGUGGUGAAAAUAUGGAUAUUGACGAGGGAACAACAAUUGGAGACGUCGCAUUACCAAGUAGUGGUUAUUCCCCUCGUCAAAUAAAACCUGGCUUGGUUAAUCACAGUGGUGCAGUGGUAGAAAGUGUCGAAGUUGCAAUUGGCUUAGGCGAGCUUGCUGGCUUGACCGUAACUAACGAAGCCGGAUCACUAAUUGAUACUUCUGGAAGAGAUGAAGUUCGCAAAACAUGGGGUCCUAAAUACACUUUACGGAGUCAUUUUGAUGGUGUCCGCUCCCUAUGCUUCCACCCAUACGAAUCAGCACUUAUAACAGCUUCUGAAGACCACACAUUGAAACUGUGGUCGUUGCAAAAAUAUAUGCAAGGAAGAAAAGGCAAUAUAUCUGAUUUGGAACCAGUUUACACAUUCAGAGGCCACAGUGGUCCAGUGUUAUGCUGUGUUAUAAAUAGUAACGGAAGCGUAUGCUACAGUGGAGGGAUGGAUUCUACAAUACAAUGUUGGAAUUUGCCGUCACUCAAUAUUGAUUUGUUUGGCCCAUAUGAUCCGAAUUUAUUCGGUGAGACGUUAGUGGCACAUACUGACGCGGUAUGGGAUUUAGCGUAUCACAUUGACACAGACUACUUGCUUUCAUGCUCUGCAGAUGGCGCGUGCAAAUUAUGGAAUCCAUCCUCAAAGUCGCCUCUGUUAGAAUCUUAUAGCUGCGAAGGUGUUGGUAAACCAACGUCAGUUAGUUUUAUUAACACAGACACGGGACAAAUAGCAUCCUCAUACACCAGUGAACAAUGUGUAAUAUUUGACAUGGAGACAGCCAAACCUGUUGUAACAUUUGGUUCGAUGCAUAGUGGUAAUUCAUCACAGAUCAAUAAAGUGGUGAGUCAUCCCACGUCUCCCAUGGUCAUCACAGCACACGAAGACAGACAUAUCCGAUUCUUUGAUAUUAAUUCAGGUAAAGAAGUACAUAACAUGGUAGCUCAUCUAGAUGCCGUCACUAGUUUAUCAAUCGAUCCAAGUGGUCUUUAUAUUCUUUCUGGAAGUCACGAUGGUUCUAUCCGCUUAUGGAAUAUGGACAACAAGACAUGCAUACAAGAAAUAACAGCACACCGUAAAAAGUUUGAUGAAGCGGUCUUUGAUGUAGCGUUCCAUCCUACGCAGCCCUACAUUGCUUCUGCCGGUGCAGAUGCGUUAGCUAAGGUGUUUGUCUGAUAAAACAUGGUUACCUAUGAAAGAAUACCGAAAGAAUCCUAUCCUAAUACAUCAUUACAGCGCACACAACCAAUCAAACUGGCUGCCAUCUCUAGGGUGAAUAUGCCGUAAAAUACGAUACAUAGCUUUUUACAGGUGAAGUUUGCUAAAAUGUUACAACAGAAACGGAUUUUGUUUCCAGUGUAUCGUGGACGAACAUCAUUAGGUACCCCUGCUACGUAUUUCGUAACUAAGUCUUCUUAAAUAAAACUCUUGUUGUUAAGUUUUAAGAAGGCGUGGAGGCGAAAGCACUUGAAUGUAAUAUUUAUAAAAUAUGUCUUAUGCAAAGGUGUCGAACAGGAUAUAUACUUUAUGCACUUACACCAAAUUCUUAUAAUUCGGUAAAUAGAAAUAUGGCUGCGUACAGAAUUGAAACGUUAUGUCUUUAUUAAUAUUACUUCUGUAGAAGUGUGAACUAAUUUUCAGAAUGAAUAGUGUCAAAAAAAAAUCUGUUGUCCAUACAGCUUAUAGGUAAUUCUCCAUGCAGCCAGCUUUUUGCUUUUGUAUUUUAUUUGCAAAUAUUGCCUCAAUUAAAUUAUUUGAGUACAACAUUCACAGCUUCGCUUCUUGAUGAACAUAAUAAAAAUACUCCAGGAGCGAAGUUGAUAUUUUAUACGUUUACGCUAAGUUCUAUUUUGCUAGAAUAUGACAAAUGAUUUUGCGCGAGAACGGAAGUGUAAUUUAUAGGAAAUCUUAUCAAAUUGUAAUAUGUAUUUCAGAAUAUUUUUUUCCUGUGUUUAAGUUUUGAAAGAAGGAAAAAUUAUUCUUGUGUAUGUAA